AUGGCUAUUUACAAAGCUGUUGUGGUUUUGGCCAACUUUGCAGCCGUCGGCUCAACUGCGCCUAACGAGGCCCGAGCCAAGGUUGCAGAUGGUUAUGUUGCUGCACCGUAUUAUCCUGCGCCCUAUGGUGGAUGGGCUGGGAAUUGGGCGGAUAGCUAUGCCAAAGCUAAGGAAAUGGUCGAUGAUAUGACGUUGGCUGAAAAGACCAACAUCACUUCUGGGAGUGGUCUCUUUAUGGGUAUGGAAUACCACAGACACGUCAGUCCUUGCAAUGGAAACUCUGGAUCUGCUGAUCGCGUUGGCUUUCCUCAGCUCUGCCUCAACGACGCUGCCAAUGGCGUCCGGCUAACCGACAACGUCACAGUGUUCCCAGAUGGAAUCACUGUCGGCGCAACCUUUGACAAGAAGCUGAUGUACGAGCGCGGAGUAGCAAUCGGAAAGGAAGCACGCGGUAAGGGUGUAAACGUCUGGCUUGGUCCGUCAGUUGGACCCAUUGGACGAAAGCCCAAGGGUGGACGCAACUGGGAGGGUUUUGGAAUAGACCCUUCGCUGCAAGCCAUCGGUGCGCGCGAAACUAUCAAAGGAGUUCAAGAACAGGGUGUGAUUGCUACUAUUAAGCACUUCAUCGGCAACGAACAGGAGAUGUACCGACGACAAACUACUGAUGUCGUCGGUCCGGCAUACUCGGCGAAUAUCGAUGAUCGCACUCUGCACGAGUUGUAUCUAUGGCCUUUUGCUGAAGCCGUUCGAGCAAACGUCGGCGCCGCCAUGACAGCUUACAACCGAGUCAACGGAACCAUGUCCAGCGAGCAUUCUCAUCUCAUCAACGGAAUCUUGAAAGAAGAGCUCGGCUUCCAAGGUUUUGUCAUGACUGACUGGCUUUCCCAGAUCACAGGUGUUGCAUCAGCCAUUGCAGGAAUGGACAUGAGCAUGCCUGGUGAUCCCAUCAUUCCCCUUCUAGGUCGGUCACUAUGGAUGUACGAACUGACACGAGCAACGCUCAACGGAUCCGUUCCCAUGGAUAGACUCAACGAUAUGGCUACCCGUAUCGUGGCAACAUGGUAUCAGUUUGGACAGGGCCAAGACUUUCCUAGCGUUAACUUUGAUACCAACACAAAGAACGCUGUAGGACCUUUGUAUCCCGGAGCUUGGCCAAACUCACCCACUGGGGUCGUCAACAAAUUUGUCCCCGUUCAGGAUGACCACGACGUGAUUGCCCGCCAGAUCGCACAGGACGCAAUCACCAUGCUGAAGAACGACGACAAGCUGCUUCCACUCAGCACCAAGAGCCCGCUCAAGGUUUUCGGCACAGACGCGCAGGUCAAUCCCGAUGGUGCAAACAGCUGCGUUGAUAGAAGCUGCAACAAAGGCACGCUGGGUCAAGGUUGGGGAUCCGGAACAGUCGACUAUAUGUACCUUGACUCACCCAUCGACGCCAUCAAAAAGGAGAGCGGCAGCGUCACGUUCUACAACACAGACAAGUUCCCGUCAGUCCCGAGUGCAACUGACGAUGACGUUGCAAUCGUCUUCGUCACUUCCGAUUCGGGCGAGAAUCAAUACACCGUCGAAGGUAACAAUGGCGAUCGAAGUGCCUCGAAACUGAACCUCUGGCACGAUGGCGACGCACUCGUCAAGGCUGCGGCGAAUAAGUACAAGAACGUUGUUGUUGUAAUCCAUACGGUUGGACCUGUUCUAGUUGACCAGUGGAUCGACCUCCCCUCGGUUAAGUCGGUCUUGGUAGCUCAUCUGCCAGGACAAGAAGCUGGAAAGUCCUUGACAAAUAUCCUAUUCGGUAAAACAUCGCCCAGUGGACAUCUACCUUACAGCAUCACGAAGAAGGAGGAUGACAUGCCCGAGAGUGUGGUCAAGCUCAUCGACUCGGGAUUCGCUGAUCCUCCACAAGACACGUACUCGGAAGGAUUAUACAUCGACUACCGCUGGCUCAACAAGGAAAAGAUCCAACCUCGCUAUGCUUUUGGCCAUGGUCUCAGCUACACUAGCUUCUCCUACGCCAACGCAACGAUCAAGAAAGGGACUGCGCUUACCAAGUACCCUCCCAAGCGACCCGCGAAAGGCAAAGUGCUGGACUACUCGCAGGACAUCCCCGACUACAAAGAGGCAAUCGAGCCAAGCAGCUUCAAGACAGUCUGGCGAUACCUUUACUCUUGGCUUCCGGAAUCUGAGGCAAAAUCUGCCGCUGCCAAGGCCGAGACAUCUAAAUACCCUUACCCAGAAGGCUACUCCACCAAGCAGAAGACGGAGCUUCCACGUGCGGGCGGACCAAAUGGGGGCAAUCCUGCGCUCUGGGACGAAGCUUACACCAUUUCCGUUACGGUGACUAACACGGGCACUAAGUUCGCUGGUAAAGCUUCAGUCCAAGCCUACGUGCAAUUUCCGGAGGUUGCCGGAUACGAGACUCCCGUAAUCCAGCUGCGCGACUUCGAGAAGACUUCUGAACUGGAGCCCGGCAAGAGUGAAACAGUCCAGUUGACUUUGACGAGAAAGGACCUGAGUGUCUGGGAUGUCGAGGCGCAGGAUUGGUUGAUCCCUAACCUUGAUGGAGAGUAUAGGGUCUGGCUGGGUGCUGCAAGCGAUGCACUGGACGUUGUCUGCUAUACUGGUGAUCUGAGCUGCGAGAAGGAUGUGGAUGGGCCAGUUUCAUAUGCGGAUUGA